UGAACCAUAGAACAUGGAGACGCGGUUCCCAGCAUAAACACAACGGUGACGUGUUCGUCGUGCAGCACCACGUGUAGAAUACAUAUUCGACACGUCGCCAGCUACUCCGUGUUGCACCGCCAGCCUGCGUUCGAAUCGCCCGACGAGGAUACGCCGUACGUACGUACGUUGGCAUACGUUCGUUGCCACGUUGCUGUCGAUUUUUGUACGAGGGAGAGGCGACCGGAGAGAAGGAAAACCGCUGCGAACGAGUUGUCUUCCGCACUUCAACCUGAUCUGUACUUUACACGAAGUUUUCAGAACGCAAGCGUCGUCGAAAAAUAUUUCGACAACAAGCAGAGUUUCCUAAACAAAUCUCUUAGCAUUCUUUUGGACUGUCAACAAGAAUAGUCACACAAUGCCUGCCGCACCUAGCGCUACUUCUGUGGGAUCCGUUGGACGGUCACCCAGCAAGGCCAUAGCAGCAAGAACAGGUGGUAGUGGCACUGUCAGACAGAGGAAAACCACUGUAACCUCCUCUGCUAGGAACAGGAAUACUGGCACGAGUUCCGGUGGCAUGUGGAGGUUUUAUACCGAUGAUUCUCCCGGCAUCAAAGUAGGACCUGUGCCAGUGCUAGUUAUGUCCCUUUUGUUCAUUGCAUCUGUAUUCAUGCUUCAUAUCUGGGGCAAGUACACUAGAAACUAGAUUUAAGUGCAAAAUAUUGAGAUCCUGGCUCAUGAAAAGCAACGAGCGACGCAAGUGCAAAUUGCAGCAUUGUGCAAUUAUAAAUUGGCACUUCUCUCAUGGGUUAACACAUGGUUAUUAAUAUGUAUAUUAUUCAUGAUAUAUCAUUACACAUAAUUACACAUUACGAACAUACGUUAUGAUACUAUGGAUCACAUUUCUUUUAUACUGUGAUCAUGAUCGAAAUAUAUUCAUACUGAUAUACAAAAAAUUAAAGGACCAUUUUUUAACAAGUUUAUCCAUUACGUGCAUUGUGAGAAAAGCGAGAGAAAGAUUAUUUAGUUUGCAUUGUUUUGUAAUGUUAAGAGUAUGUAAUAUUGAAGUAAAUAUAAUUUAUUUUUACCUUAA